UCCUGAUUUUAGCUCUCUCUAACGCUGCAGCUGUGCGUAAACCCUUCGAGGUACUGAUUUGAGAGCUUGUGAAAAUGCACAUACUGUUUGAGACGCCAGGUGGUUUUGCAAUCUUUAAAGUAUUAGAUGAAGGAAAGCUCUCUAAUGUUGAGGAUAUCGGUAAUGAGUUCUUGACCGCAAAGUCAGCCCGAAAGAUGGUUAAGCUAGUAGCUUUUGACAAGUUUGACAACACAGCUGAAGCUCUUGAAGCGGUUGCUAAAUUGCUUGAGGGAACUCCAAGCAAGGGUCUACGCAAGUUCUUGAAAGCUAACUGUGUUGGUGAAACAUUGGCUGUUGCUGAUUCAAAGCUUGGAAAUAUCAUCAAGGAGAAACUGAAAAUAGACUGUGUUCACAACAAUGCUGUUAUGGAGCUGUUAAGAGGUGUUAGAAGCCAGUUAAGUGAACUUAUAACUGGAUUGGGGGAUAAAGAUCUAGCUCCAAUGAGCUUGGGAUUGUCUCACAGCCUUGCCAGAUAUAAACUAAAGUUCAGUACCGAUAAGGUGGAUACUAUGAUAAUCCAAGCUAUUGGUCUGCUUGAUGAUCUUGACAAAGAGCUCAACACGUACGCUAUGAGGGUUCGUGAAUGGUAUGGUUGGCAUUUUCCUGAGCUUGCUAAGAUCGUACAGGACAAUAUCUUAUAUGCUAAGGCUGUUAAACUUAUGGGGAAUCGGGUUAAUGCUGCAAAGCUAGACUUCUCUGAGAUAUUGGCUGAUGAAGUUGAAGCAGAACUGAAAGAGGCUGCUGUGAUAUCUAUGGGAACUGAAGUCAGCGACCUCGAUUUAUUGCACAUCCGAGAACUCUGUGACCAGGUUCUUUCUCUUGCUGAGUACAGAGCUCAGCUUUAUGACUACUUGAAGAGCAGAAUGAACACAAUUGCACCAAAUCUUACUGCCCUUGUCGGGGAGCUAGUCGGUGCUCGCUUAAUAUCUCACGGUGGUAGUUUGUUGAACCUGGCAAAGCAACCUGGAAGCACGAUUCAGAUUCUUGGAGCUGAAAAAGCAUUAUUUAGAGCCCUUAAGACCAAGCACGCCACUCCAAAGUACGGUCUAAUUUACCACGCAUCUCUGGUUGGCCAAACUGCACCAAAGAACAAGGGUAAAAUUUCACGGUCAUUAGCUGCAAAAGCUGUUCUUGCUAUCCGUUGUGAUGCCCUUGGUGAUGGCCAAGACAACACUAUGGGAGUGGAAAACCGUUUAAAGCUUGAAGCACGGUUGAGAACUCUCGAAGGAAAAGAUUUAGGACGUCUGUCUGGCUCAGCUAAAGGCAAACCAAAGAUUGAAGUUUAUGACAAAGACAAAAAGAAAGGAUCCGGAGGUCUGAUCACUCCUGCUAAGACUUACAACACAGCUGCAGACUCUCUUCUUCAAACUCCUACAGUGGAUUCAGAUAACGGUGUCAAAGAGAAGAAAGACAAAAAGAAGAAGAAGAAGAAGGCUGAUGAUGAGGAAGAACCCAAAACUGAGGAGCCUUCGAAGAAGAAGUCGAAGAAGAAGAAAACAGAAGCAGAACCUGAAACCGCCGAAGAGCCUGCAAAGAAGGAGAAAAAGAAGAGAAAACACGAGGAAGAGGAAACCGAAAUGCCUGCUAAGAAGAAGGAAAAGAGUGAAAAGAAGAAGAAGAAAACUGAGGUCUGAGGAGAGUUUUAAAAUUUUUGCGUGGUCUAGUUUCUCUACGUUGUUAUCAGAAACAAAGAAAAGCUUUUGUUGCGUUACUUUUGCAUUAGGUGUUAAGUAAGGUUUUUUUUUUUUUUGGUCUGAAACUUGAAAAAGGAACUGUUCUUCAUUUUGUAAGGUUAUGUGUGGUUUAGUCCCUAAAACUUGCAUUUCUGCUAAACAAUCUAGUAAAGAUUAAUUUACACA